CCGAGCUGCGCGUCAAGGAAAACCGUUGACUCACGAUGGGGUCGUUACGUCACCAGUGGAACACUCCAGUCCAAUCUGCAAUCGACAUUUCCGAAGGUAAAAGCUGCCUGUUUCGCUUUAUCAAGUAACCUUCUGCGUUCUGAAACCGCAAGCAUCUCUUGUGUCAACUAGCGUGUCUCAGCCGGCCCCUAAUCAAACUCAAACAUGGUUUACCAAGUGAAAGACUCCGCUGAUCUUCAAACCAAAUUGAGCGAAGCCGAAUCAAAAUUAGUCGUCAUUGAUUUCUUCGCAACAUGGUGCGGGCCUUGCAAAAUGAUUGCUCCAGUCUUGGAGGAAUUAACAAAGGAAUUCCCCAACGUUGUAUUCCUCAAGGUCGACGUUGACGAAUGUGAAGAAAUAGCCGCUCAGUAUGAAAUCACCUCCAUGCCUACCUUUGUCUUCUUGAAGAACAAGAACAAGGUGGAUGUUUUUGCUGGUGCACACGCAGAGAAAGUGAAGGCCACAAUUCAGAAGCACGCCUCCUCUUAGAGUAAAUUUGAUUUUAAGGAUGUUGGUGUACAUUUCACCGUACGUGUCCAUGUCUGCGCAUCAACUGUACUUUCAGCAGUAGGACAGCAUUUACCACACACAUGGUUUUUAUUGAUCACAUGUUUUUAAUCAUUCUCUCUUCUAUUUAUUAACUUUUUCUAUAAGUGUUUUUUAUUUACCGGGAAACAUGCUCGUGCGCCCAGCUACAAUAGUACCCUUGAGUUUUCAAAAAAGGUUACGGGAUUCGCUUUUAGCUUUUGAAUAUACCCAUUCGUACAUUCCUCAAUCCACAGCUGUCUGUACACAAUAUUUUUUUUUCUUUCACCUGUCUCACACUUAACUACUCUGUAUUUGUUCACUUCUAAUCACCAUUACACAUUUUUAAUCCAGUUGUUAGACAUGAGUGUUGUCUGUGUGUAGUUUGUAAAAUUACUUUUAAAUGUGCUGAGCCGGACUCAAAUUUUACUCUUCACAGUAUUAAACCUCCAAAUUUCCUCCCAUCCCCUGUAAGAAACAGUUGCUGUCUGCAGGUUUAGCGCAAUGAAUUGUGGUUGCUCUGUUCGUACCAAAAAUAGAUAUUGUUGAAGAACUAUUACUUAUCUUACUUGUUUAUAAUAAAUUAUUUUGCUACGAUCUGUC